AUGACUUCCCUCUUCUUCUCAACCCCGCUUGACAUCGACGUUGUCCUUGAGGAUGGCGACGAGCGCCAGAUGGUGGAUGUCAAGCUGGAAAAGGGCCAUCGGGAGAAGGUGCCCCUUUACAUGGACGGAGAAUCAGUCAAGGGUGCUGUAACUGUCAGACCCAAGGACGGUAAACGGCUGGAACACACAGGCAUCAAAGUGCAGUUUAUCGGGACGAUAGAGAUAUUCUACGAUAGAGGCAACCACCACGAAUUCCUAUCCUUGGUCCAGGAACUCGCGGCUCCCGGCGAGCUGCAACACCCCCAAACCUUCCCCUUCAACUUCAAGAAUGUCGAGAAGCAAUACGAAUCAUACAAUGGCAUCAACGUGAAGCUACGGUAUUUUGUCCGGGUGACGGUAUCUAGGCGCAUGGCGGACGUGAUUCGAGAGAAGGACUUAUGGGUUUAUUCUUAUCGCAUGCCAGAAGAGAGCAACAACCCGAUCAAGAUGGAUGUUGGUAUCGAAGACUGCCUGCACAUAGAGUUUGAAUACUCCAAGUCGAAGUACCACCUCAAGGAUGUCAUCGUGGGACGCAUUUACUUCCUCCUGGUACGCCUGAAGAUCAAACACAUGGAGCUAUCGAUUAUUCGACGAGAAACGACUGGGACCCGGCCGAAUGAGUAUAAUGAGAGCGAGACGUUGGUGCGAUUUGAGAUCAUGGACGGAUCACCUUCUAGAGGUGAAACCAUUCCUAUUCGUUUGUUCCUUGGUGGAUUUGACUUGACGCCAACUUUCCGGGAUGUCAACAUGAAGUUUUCGACACGUUAUUAUCUGAGUUUAGUUCUCAUUGACGAAGACGCUCGUCGAUACUUCAAACAAUCCGAAAUCAUUCUCCAUCGUCUCGCUCCCGAAAUCCCCCCAACGCCUGAAGUAGCCCGGCAGCAGCAGAUCCAGAUGCGGCAGGCCGCCGAGCAAAAACACCACCAGCUCCCACCAGGCUCUGCGACUCCUGGCCCAGGAAGAGAGCAUCCAAACAACCAGCAACAAGCACAAGCAACCGCUCCUGUGGCCGCGGAGUAA